CUAGUAACCCCUUUUGAGGGCAAAGCCACAAAGGAUUCAACUCGAGUACCUCUUUCAAAUUUGCCAUUUUUAAUCACAGAAAGGAUCAAAAUCAUCGUUUUCUCGGCAAAACAAACGAGAAAAUACGAUAAAAUCAUCUCUUUUAUCUCUCUCUCUAUUUCGUGUUCGUGUUGGAUGCAGAAACAGCUAUCUUUGAAGCAAUCUAGCACGCCGUUUUCCUGAAUAAGCGGUCCUGUCACCCUCGAAUCAAGCGUUCCUAAUCGCUGUAGAUCGAUCUGCGAUCCGACCCCGGGAAUUUCUUCUCUAAUCCUUUCGGGUUUGCAAAAAGAUUGCAUCUUUCUUGGCGUCUUCUACUUCAAAGUCUGUGCCGCUCCUGUUCCCCAAUCCAAAAUCCAAACUUGGUUUGUCCUCAUUUCGUGUGAAAAAUGCUGCUGGUUUUACCCCCCUUUUAUGUCGGUUUCUUCAAUGUGAUGAAGUUGUGUUGUUAUUGUUUAGAAGUCUCCUGAUGAUCGCACGGAUUGAGUUUUUGGGGAUGAGAAUUAUAUCGAGCAGGGUUGAACUGAAAUUGGCAUCAACAAAGCCAUGAAGUUCAAACAAGGUGAUGAGGUGGAGGUCUUAAGAAGAAACAAGGAAACCUAUGCCUCUUGGUUUCCUUCAAUAAUUUUAUCAGUGCUUGUUAAUAAAUAUUCAGUAACAUACAAACUGUUUGUAUCUCCUCAAGGAAAGCCCAUUGUAGAAACAGUGGAUGUCAAAGAUGUCAGGCCCUGCCCACCAAUUGUUCCUUACAACCAGGAUUGGCAUGUCGGCGAUGUUGCUGAGGUUCUUGAUACACAUUCUUGGAAGGUAGCAAGGAUCGUUAAGAUUGUCAAGAACAAAUACGUCGUUGCCAAAAUCUUCGGCUCUAUACAACUGAAAAGAUUUUCCAUCUAUGACGCAGCAAGGGUUUCACAGGCUUGGCAGAACAACAAUUGGUUCGAUAAGGUUGAAAGUGAGAGGCAUUAUGGUUGUGGUUUUAUGUCUUCGAGCGCCAAACAGUCAGUCAAAUUGGAGGAUGGAACACAUGAAGCAGCUUUAAUGACACAGAGACUUGACAAAAAACACCCAGAAGAUUUCAAGGAACAGCAGUCCGGCAGAAAAAUGUUUUGGGGCAUUUCCACUCAGACAGCUUUAAAAGGAGACCUCAAAAUCAUCUGCAUCUCGAGUUCUGAUCAUGAGCCUAGGGGUACCAGUAGGAAAAGGAAGGAUAGCUUGGAAGCUGAUGACUGUGAUCUGCUUAACAGAAGAACUUGGGAGCCUGAAUUCAGCAAGGCCAGAAGAAAGAUCAAAACUCAGAUACGAGACGAUAAGAUGUUACCAGAUGAGACUGAUGAAUGUUCGGUCGCUAGCUGUAGCGGUAAUGGCACACCGGAAAGUUAUCUUUGGCAAAUGAGAAGACAUUCUAGGAAUGCUUCCAGGAAAUCUAUGCAUAUCGAGUAUUCAAGUCCUCAUGAAGAUAGGAGAAAGCAUCAAAGCAUUUCCGAAGACAAGUUAGCUUCCAACAUCCAUAAAUUAGAGCUGAAUGCGUAUAGAUCAACUCUGCAAGCUCUGUAUGCAUCCGGGCCUUUGAGUUGGGAGCAGGAGUCACUGCUAACAAAUCUUCGGCUCUCGCUCAAUAUAUCGAAUGAAGAACAUUCAGUCCAACUGAAGCAGCUAUUGUCUGUGUAAGUUGCUCGAAUGCCAACUAGUUGCCUUGUCGAUAUCUAAUGUUAGAGAUAUUCCAACUUUUAGAAAAUCUCAUGAAGUCCAUCCAUCUUGUGUGGCAUUUCUUGCUCGGAAAGAGUUGUAGUUCAGUUUGAUUCAGCAAUGCUCUGAAAUUUCUGGAUAGUUUUGUUCAUGUUCUGUUGUAUAAGUAAACUUUUGGAUCGUUUUCAAUCAAUAAUGUUCUUCCUAUC